AUGUAUUGCGAAUACAUCAUCAAGCAUUCUUGUGGAUGCAAAUCUACCACCACGAGACACUGCGGACAAAUCACUCCCCCAGAUCCACCACCUACAAUACCGAUCUCUACUCUGUGCUCCCAGUGCGUCGCAAAUGAGCGCACAUACCUUACGGAAGAACAAGAGGAACUAACCCCUUAUGUACACGAACUCAUGAUCCGAAAACCGCUAUCAAUUACCCUCCCUACCAUACAAGCAGCGAUGGAGAAAGCCUCACGCUCCGGAUUUCUUACCGAAAUACCUAUCCUCUCGUCGCCGAGCCUCUAUUAUCUACAAUGCGCAUACGUAAUGAUCGAGACUGAGAUGAGGAGAAAGAGGCUCAGCUAUCACGGCGCGGAAGGAAAAGAGACGAGAAUUGCGGACCUCCUGUCGGGGAAGACAAGUGUUGAACAACAGGCAAUGGAGAGGAAUGUUUUGUCUUUUAUUGGACAGGUCCUAUGUGGCAAUCUCAUUGCGAGUACACAUCAACGCUUUCUGAACUCUCAAGUAAAGGACAAAGCCGAGAUCGCGAACGCCGAUUCCUCUAUCCAGCCCAUCUCGGAGAGUAAACCUGUAGCACGGAUCUGCGAAAUCUGCCUGAUUCCAAUUGGCGAACGCGACGAGCACCUAGGAGCGGGGGAAAUAGCAGUGAUCGAGAAGCUCUGUACGCUCGAACCUUGUUGUCACAGUUUUGGAGAUCAAUGUGUUCGUCUCUGGCUCACGACUGAGCAGAGCACUUGUCCUACAUGUCGUGCAGAAGUUGAAAGAGCGAUCACCUGGGCAAGAGAGCCUAUUGGAAGCAUGGACGAUAUUCAGCAUUUGAAAGCCCUCGAAACCCUUGAACGUGUGAAACACUCUGAUCCUGUUGAGUUUGUUGAGCGUGUCGUGGGUGAACAUGAAGACUUCCAUUGGGUAGAACCAGCGUGGAUGAGGAUCAUGAGGGAGCAAUACAAUAUUUACGAGGUAUCUUCGUAG